UAAAGGCCAAAAGAUUCAUGAUGAGGUACCCGUAAAUGCACUUUAAAGCAACUGUCUUGUGACUCUUUUCUCACUCACAAGUUGUUGGAAGUGAGAGUAUAGUAGUCCUCUUUUCACUUCUGAAGCCAUGAGCACAAAUACAGCAGUAGUAUCAGUUAUCAGGUUCAUAUUGCUUCUAGUGUUUGUUGGAUGGCUCAUCAUUUGGAUUGUGUUGCCAACCGAAACUUACAGAGAUUCCUGGAGACCCUACCUACAAGGCAAACUCAACUCAACAUAUUUCGGAGAUCAAGGGACAAAUCUGCUGCUUUUCUCGUUCCCGAUGAUGUUCAUAGCAGCUUUGAGUUGUGUUUAUCUCCAUCUAAUCCGGAAGAGGAAAUCAAACAAGUCAUCAUACUCGACAUACUACUCCACAAGCUUUGCUAGCUACUGGAGACGUCCGGCGAGUGUGAAAUCUCCACUGGGAAGUGUGACUGCAAUGGAGCUCGGUUUCACAAUAAUGUUUAUUGCACUCUUUGUGUGGUCUCUUACCAAUUACAUACAUGUCGGCUUCGCCCACCUCCAUAAAAUGCAUACGAAACCAGUUCCAGGCCUGAAAGAGUGGGAAGCAAAGCUUCGUAGCGUGUCGUACAGACUUGGGUUAACCGGAAACAUAUGUCUGGCAUUUCUCUUCUUCCCUGUAACUCGAGGCUCUUCGAUUUUGGCUCUGGUUGGCUUAACAUCGGAGUCGAGUAUCAAGUACCAUAUUUGGCUCGGCCAUCUCUCCAUGGUUCUAUUUGCUGCUCAUUCCCUAGGCUACAUCAUCUUCUGGGCCAUCACUAAUCAAAUGGCUGAGAUGCUAGAAUGGAGCAAGACUCAUGUAUCAAACGUAGCUGGGGAGAUUGCAAUUCUAUUUGCAAUGGCAAUGUGGGUGACUAGCAUUCCUCGUGUUAGACGAAAAAUGUUUGAAUUAUUUUUCUACACCCACCAGCUCUACAUUCUCUACAUCGUCUUCUACGUACUGCACGCCGGUGAAAACUUCUUCAGUACGAUCCUUCCUGGGAUCUUCCUCUUCAUCAUAGAUCGGUACCUGAGAUUUUUACAGUCUAAUCAACGCGCUGAGUUACUCUCCGCACGUAUUUUACCUUGUGAGACCAUUGAACUGAACUUCUCCAAGAGCCAAGGUCUGGAUUAUAAUCCCACUAGCAUCUUGUUUAUCAAUGUGCCUACUAUAUCCAAGAUGCAAUGGCACCCAUUUACAGUGACUUCGAACUCUAACAUGGAGGCAGACAAGCUAACUGUUGUGAUAAAGAGUCUAGGAAGUUGGUCUCAGAAACUUUACCAACAACUUUCUUCUAAUUCUAUGGAUCAUAUUCAAGUUUCUGUUGAAGGGCCUUAUGGACCUAAUUCAUCUCAUUUUCUAAGGCACAAGGCUCUGGUGAUGAUUAGUGGAGGCAGUGGAAUUACUCCGAUGAUCUCCAUAAUCCGAGAAAUCAUUUUCCAAAGCACCAAACCAGACUGCCAUGUUCCGCCUGUUCGGUUGAUAUGUGCCUUCAAGAACUCAGCUGAUCUCACAAUGCUACAACUCUUGCUUCCAAUUUCUGUCACACCUUCUAAUUUUACCCAGCUGCAGUUUCAAAUUGAAGCAUAUGUGACCAGGGAGACACAGAAGCUGCCUCCAUCAGACUCCCUCAAGCUUCUCCAAACCUUAUGGUUUAAGCCAGACCCACUGGACUCACCCAUUUCUUUGGUUCUAGGACAAAACACUUGGCUAUGGCUUGGUGCUAUAAUCUCAUCCUCAUUUGUCUUAUUUCUCUUUGUUUUGGGCAUUGUCAAUCGUUUCUAUAUAUACCCAAUCGACCACAACACUGGUGAACACUACCAUGUCUCCUUCAUUUGCCUGUGGUACAUGUUUUUGGUCUGUGCCUCCAUUUUCAUAGUCUCUAGUGCAGUCUUCAUUUGGUGCAAGAGACAGAACGCCAUCGAAGAAGGGAAGCGAACUCAGAAUGCGAGAUCAACACCAACAACUGAUAUCGAACUUGCGAGUUCUCCCCAUAAUCAUGAGUCCCUGAUCGCUCAAGCUACCCAAGUGCAUUAUGGAACUAGGCCUGACCUGAAGAAAAUUCUGUUGGAAACCAAAGGAUCUGAUAUUGGAGUGUUGGUUAGUGGCCCAAGGAAGAUGAGGCAUGAGGUUGCCACAGUCUGUUCAUCCAGUUUGGCACAUAAUCUGCACUUCGAGUCCAUUAGCUUUAACUGGUGAUGCAUACUGAUAUACUAGUUAAUAGUUUUACUAGUCAAUACUAAUUGGUAGGCAUACAGCCAAAAAAAUAAUACUCACUUAUAUGUAUCGUUAGCUCGAAAAUUCUACAGUAGUCGGUGCCUAUUGUAUUGAUGAUCUAUGCCACAUGAGAUCAUGCAUCCUAAUUAUUAGUGCUAUCUUAUGACU